AUGUCAGAGACCAACACCGAGAUCGAAUGUGCUCGAAACAUUGCUCUUCUUUACUACCUUGGUAGAAUUGGCUGCAAGCCCCAAAAGAACAGCAUUCAAGACUGCGAGCCUAUAUGCAAAGCAGACAUCAACAGGGCACUGUCUUUGCAGGAUGAGAAGUCACUCACGUCAACACUGGCGUUUCUUUCGAGUAUCCGAGAUGAUGCUAUGAGGGUCACAGCAGUCUGUGUAGAGGAGAAGAAAUCCGGUGUUGUGGUGAUGAUUGCAGCCAAUGCAAAACAUAGUCAUAACUCAUCACCGUAUCUUGACGCUGUCAAGGAAGGGUUUGACAAGAUAUUCAGAUCACUUAACCGGGAGACACCAGUAUCUUGUGAGGAACUUCAUAGACAGAUUAUCCGCAUCGUCAUCUCUAUGUGUCGAAGCCGAAUAAUGAGCAGAGCGAGAUUCACCAGGCGCGGCCAAAGACAAGGCUUUAAUACCGUGUUAAAGAAAGUCAAGAAAGAAAUGGCUCGAUUCACAAUGAACGACGAUAAGAGGGAGUAUAUGAGACUGAGCCAAGUGCUUAUUUCCAGAAUAGAUGAUUUUCAAAUCAAGUUGGCGCAAGAUCCAUCCAGCACAUCAGCAUUGGACAAGAAGCUGGAGUUGAUCAUAAGCACCUUUGCCGAUAUAUCGAGAAUACCAACUCUUUCAACAAUGCUGCUCCAAGAUAUUGGACCGAGGAUGGAACCGAACUUGUGCAGUUGCUUAUUGAAUACCGUUCACAAGUUGGCGCACUAUGACACCUGUGCCUGGACACUUGUGAAGCUUUCGAGGACGUAUUCGAUACUUGGACGUACUUGUACUAUCCCCGUCGGACUUGAUGACACAGCAUUCGGGAAGCCACCGGCAGAAACCAAGGUCUUCAAGUUGGAAGAGCAUUUGAAGAAGCUUAGAAAGGAGUAUAACACUAACUGGGACUUGGAUAACUUGGGCCAAAGACUAGCAACGGAUACGAAAAAGUUCUGGGAGGACUUCUUGAGAGUUACGAACGAGCCAAAGAUUCACGCUGAAAUUCAACUCUUGUGGCACCUCGAGCGUCACCCGGGCUCGAAGCCUCCCCGAGUUAUCGCCUCCAACAAAGAUGCGUGUUUCCUAUGCAACGCCUUCAUAUCGUUGCAUGGACAGUACAUGAUACCCAAGACACACGGGAGAAUCUAUCCUGGAUGGAGGUUGCCAUGGACUGGGCUCAAUGAGACUAGAGGACUCUUUGUCAGAGAACUUGAACGGAUCGCUGUAGAAAGACUCAACGUGAUACAUCGACAGGGGGUUGAGAAGAACAUUGACCCUUUGGAGAGCACAAUAUCGUUAGCCGCUAUUUCUACAACCCCCCUGAACAGAUCUAGGGAAACGAAAGAUAUGCAGCUAGCAAUGGCGCUCACUAAUACUGGGAUAAACAGCGAGGUUCUAGAUGCGAUAUGUCUGCUGCAACCUACGAAACCAAGACGAUCUAAAGCUGGAGUCAAGACAAGGAUAAAUACAAAGAACCUGGACGCCGAGAGCACCAAAGUCUCCUUAAUACGCAGAAACUCUCCAACAAGUUCUCACGAGACCAUGGUUCUGGCACAGGAGUCAGCCAAUGAAGUCGAAAAAGCCCAAGGACAAGCCCCUAUUUCAGUUGGAGAGCCAAAUGAUAUCGCGUCCAAGGAGACUGAGUAUGGGCUGAACAAAACUGCAAUUCUAUUAGAGACAUACCAAACACGCCCGUCGAGCAUUUAUUUUCCAGAAUCGAAGCAUUCCGAUCACAAGUCAAGCCUUGGCUCGACGGCGUGGGAACAAGUAGAGCAGGAUUCAACCAAAAGCAUGAAGCUCAACUCGUUCAACCUUUACAUCGAGUACACAUCCUCAGAUCCAAACACAUCUAAAGUACUCAAGAUCAAGACCAAGAGAUUGUCAGUUGAGGAAGCAGAAGAAGUCACGGAUGGGAGUGAUCACGUUUAUGACUUGGACAGUCUGUCAACACUGGGUUGUGACCUUGGAAAUUGUCAACAGGUCAAGAUGAAGGCGAAGGGCGAGAUUUAUGUUGUGGAUCUUGGUAAUUUUGUUUGUCACGGUGAAUAA